AUGUCUUCUUCAUGUUUCUUCCCCCCGGAGAAUCUCCUGCUGGCCAGUAAACUGAAGGGGGCGGCGGUCAAACUGGCGGACUUCGGUCUGGCCAUUGAGGUGCAGGGAGACCAGCAGGCUUGGUUUGGUUUUGCGGGCACACCGGGAUACCUGUCUCCAGAGGUGCUGAGGAAGGACCCGUACGGGAAGCCGGUGGACAUGUGGGCGUGUGGUGUGAUCCUGUACAUUCUGCUGGUGGGCUACCCUCCCUUCUGGGACGAGGACCAGCACAAACUCUACCAGCAGAUCAAAGCAGGAGCCUACGAUUUCCCUUCUCCAGAGUGGGACACUGUGACGUCCGAGGCCAAAGACCUGAUCAACAAGAUGCUCACCAUUCACCCGGCCAAGAGGGUUACAGCCACAGACGCCCUCAAGCACCCCUGGAUCUGCCAACGCUCCACUGUGGCCUCCAGUAUGCACCGGCAGGAGACCGUGGACUGUCUCAAGAGGUUCAACGCCAGGAGGAAACUAAAGGGUGCCAUCCUGACCACCAUGCUCGUCAAUCGCAACUUCUCAGCCAAGAGCCUCGUCAACAAGAAGCCAGACAGUGUGAAAAUCAACAACAAGACCAAUGUAGUGUGCACCCCCAAAGAGCUUCCUGUGCUGAUGGAUGCUAAUGCUAGAGCUAAUGCCUGGAUGGUGUUAGCGGCUAGCGUCCCUGCACAAGGGCUAGCGAGCUACAUCCUCUGUUGUUGUUGUUGA